ACUCCCCAACCAGGCCACCACUCCCCCUCACCUCCGAAUCUCGCGACUCCCCCGCCCGCCUCCUCCCUGCCUCCGGCGACCUCUCCGGCGGCGGGGCGCUCGCCGCGCCGCAUGGCGCAUUAGUACCAUCCCAGAACCCAUCUCCUCGCCCCUGCGUCGGCCGCGGCCAUGGCGAACUACCUGGCGCAGUUCCAGACCAUCAAGUCCUCCUGCGACCGCAUCGUCAUCGCCGUUGAGGAUGUUAGUGACCUGUGGCUCAACGUCAAAGAGAGUUUUCAGCAACGCUUGCCAGUCAAGAAAGCCUGCCUCAAUAACAAGGCGAGGAACCCUGUUUUAGUGGAAAACCUACCGGCUGAAUUUAUACAGACUACCGACUCAAGGCUGCGGAGUCGAUUUCCACAAGAACAAUACUUGUUUUGGUUCCGUGAGCCGUAUGCUACUGUUGUUCUUGUUACUUGCGAGGAUCUUGACGAGUUCAAAACCAUUCUUAAGCCUCGCCUCAAAUUAAUUGUGCAAAAUGAUGAGAGAGAAUGGUUCAUUGUGUUUGUGUCCAAGGCCCAUCCUAGCAAUGAGCAAGCAAAUAAGAUGGCAAAGAAAGUAUAUGCCAGGCUGGAGGCUGAUUUCAACACUAAAAAGCGAGAAAGAUGCUGCAAAUUUGAUCUUCAUGGACCUGAUGCUGAUUUCUGGGAUGAUUUCGACUCAAAAAUGGUGGACUGCAUAAGAAACACAUUGGAUAGAAGGGUUCAGUUUUAUGAAGAAGAAAACCGCAGGUUAAGUGAGCAAAGAUUCACUCCAAUAUGGAACUUCUGUAACUUCUUUAUUCUGAAGGAAAGUAUGGCAUUUAUGUUUGAAGUGACUAAUCUUCAUGAAGAUUCACUCCGUGAAUAUGAUGAGCUUGAACUAUGCUACUCAGAAUCAGUAAAUCUCCCAGGGAAACCUCGAGAAUUUGGAGGAUUGGAUACUGGUGAUGAUCAGGCUGCUCUGCUAAAUCCAGGGUUCAAAGCGCUGACCCAAAUUGUUCAGGAUGACGUGUUCAGGGAAUUUGAGUUUAGGCAAUACAUAUUUGCUUGCCAGUCUAAGUUAUUAUUUAAACUGUCUCGACCGGUUGAGGUUGCUGCAAGAGGGUAUGCUUUUGUUGUCAACUUUUCCAAGACGCUAGCCUGGCAUGAAAAUGCUCUUCCAUUUUGCUUCCGUGAAGUAUGGGUGAUAACAGCAUGUUUGGGUUUAAUAAACUCUACGAGUUCACAGUAUGAUGGUGGAGCUGUUGCUAUUGACUCGGAAAAGGAGUUCUACCGUCUCCAGGGCGACCUUUAUUCUCUAUGUCGUGUUAAGUUUAUGAGGCUUGCUUAUUUAAUUGGCUAUGGGGUUGAGAUAGAAAAGAGUCCAGUCAACAGUGCAUCUUUAAGCAUGCUAUCUUGGCCUAAGCCAGCUACUUGGCCUUCAAUCCCACCUGAUUCAUCGGCGGAGAUAAUGGCAAAGGAGAAGACAAUACUUCAAGCAAAACCAAGAGAAAAGCUCUUUGACAUUCAGAGGAAACCAUUGCCAUUAGAACCUUCUUUUCUACUGCGUGAGGCUAAUAGGCGUAGAGCUUUUCUUUCGGUUGGCAAUAUUUCUGAAUUAUAUGAUUCAGUUGAUGGUUCAGGUGCAGAUGCACAUUCAAAACUUUCUCCCAACAAAUCUUCUUCUAACCUGAUGACAAGAACGAUGUCUGGACCAGCAACCUCUGAGACUUCUUUACCAGUUGAUAGGCCCAUGAGGCUGUCAGAAAUUCAUGUUGCAGCUGAGUAUGCAUUGAAACAGACGAUAUCUGAUCCUGAUUUUAUGACAUCACUUUCAUCACCUGAAGAAUUUGAGAAUAGAUAUAUGGAGCUCACUAAAGGUGCUGCUGACAAUUAUCACCGCUCUUGGUGGAAAAGGCAUGGAGUUGUGCUUGAUGGAGAGAUUGCAGCUAUAUAUUUUAAGCAUGGAAAUUACGACCUGGCUGCAAAAUCCUAUGAGAAAGUUUGUGCUCUCUACUCUGCAGAAGGCUGGGAAGAGCUAUUGGCAGACGUUCUUCCUGAUCUUGCAGAAUGCCAGAAGAUUCUUAAUGACGAAGCUGGUUAUCUCGCUUCCUGUGUAAAGUUACUUUCUCUAGAGAGUAGCUUGUUUUCGUCUAAAGAGCGGCAAGCUUUCCAGUCAGAGGUCGUUCGGCUUGCUCACAGUGAAAUGACACAUCCCGUGCCCCUGGAUGUUUCAUCAUUAAUUACAUUCGCUGGAACUCCUGCUCCGCCACUAGAACUAUGUGAUGGAGAUCCUGGUACACUAUCUGUAGCAGUUUGGAGUGGCUUCCCACAUGACAUCACACUCGAAUCUCUCAGUCUAAGAUUGUCAGCUUCUUCUAGUGCAGAUGAAGGUCUUAAGGCGAUAAAGAGUGCAGGCGCGCGUGUUCUUGUGCCAGGUAGAAAUAUUAUCACCUUCGACAUUCCUCCUCAAAAGCCUGGUUCCUACGUGUUGGGUGCUCUCACUGGACAGAUUGGCAAGCUAUCAUUCAGAUCGCAUGGAUUUGCUCAAGACGGUCCAGUGGACACUGAUGAAUUCAUGAGCUUUGAGAAGCCAACAAGACCUGUUUUGAAGGUGAGAAAACCAAGGGCUCUGGUUGAUAUUACUCCUGCUGUGUCCUCUGCGUUACUUAUGAAUGAACUCCAGUGGAUCGGGUUGAUUGUCAAGCCUAUAGACUAUUCUUUGAAAGGUGGAAUAUUGCAUAUAGAUGCUGGUGCUGAACUGAAAAUCGAGGAGUCACAGAUGAUUGAGAUAGAAAGUUACAGAAGCGAGGGCGGGCAUGCUUGUCCUACUGAUGCUUCCGGUGCAACAUCAACCUCCACUGAUACUGGAAGGGUUGAGAAGGUCCCAAUCGAAAAUGGGAAGAUAAAACUGCCAGAUUGGGCUAGUGAUGUGACUACCCUCGUUUGGUUUCCUGUUCGUGCUAUAGACGAUACAAUUGCGAAGGGAACAUCUCCAGCAUUCCCUCAGAAACAUAGCAUAGUAGAUGGAAUGAGAAUGAUUGCUCUCAAGCUUGAAUUUGGAGCUUUCCAUAAUCAAGUAUUUGAAAGGACCAUUGCAGUACAUUUCACUAAUCCGUUCCAUGUGAGCACGCGUGUUGUUGACAAGUGCAACGAUGGAACCCUACUUCUGCAGGUGAUUUUACAUUCUGAAGUGAAGGCUACUCUGCAUGUAAAGGAUGUAUCAUUAGACCUACAAGCUGGAUUUGAGCACUUAGGCAAGGAUGGACGGCCGACUUCAAGCUUGUUCCCUCUGGUUAUUGCUCCUUCUUCCAGAGCUGGAAUCUUAUUUGUAAUACGUUUAAGUGGCACAAAAGACCUGGAUGAGCUGGAAAAGGCAGACAGCAUGUUGAAUAUUAAGUACGGGAUAUCUGGUGACAGAACAACUGGAGCACACUCUCCAGUUCCUGUUAAACCUGAUGAUUCUGAAGAGCUUCUUCUAUUCAAGAUUUCACUCAAACUGAAGCGCCCUGUUCUGGAUCCAUGUCUGGCAGUUGGAUUCCUUCCAUUUUCUACGGACUACCUGAGGGUUGGUCAAUUAGUCAACAUGAAAUGGAGGGUUGAAAGGCUGAAGGACCUGGAGGAGGCAUCUCUGUCUGGCGAUGGAAUACUUUAUCAGGUCGAUGCUAAUCCACAAAACUGGAUGGUUGCUGGGAGGAAAUGCGGUCACAUUUCAUUCUCAGAAGCACAAGGGUCAAGGAUUGAGAUUGCCGUGACAUGCGUCCCGCUGGUGUCUGGGUACGUGCACCCACCACAGCUAGGGUUGCCCGACGUAGGCGAUGCCAACAUCAGCUGUAAUCCAGCAGGCCCCCACCUGGUGUGCGUCCUCCCUCCCACCCUUAGCACCUCCUACUGUAUACCGGCUUGAUUUACGAUCUGUCUCUCUGUUAUUACAUUAGCUACUUAGAGACCACCAUUUUCCCCAAGAUGAGAUACAGGGUACUCUGUUUUUUGCCUGGAGAUUCCUUAUGUACAUGUACAAUGGUUGAAUUAUCGGUGUACAUUGACUGGAUGGAAAUCUAAGUUCUCGUGUUGUGUCG